AUGGCGAUUAAGCUCGAUGGUGGUCGCGGCCACCUUGCGGAGGCGGUGGAAGCCGUCAAAGAUAACGGCGUUGGGGCGCUGCACCUCGCCGCCGGGGGCAAGAAAGCCGAAGUGUGCGAGUUCCUUGUCGAGGAUGUCCGGGUGGAUGUGGAUGCACUUGACAUGUGUGGUAGAACACCUCUCGUUUGGGCAAUUAGUUGUAAAAAAGGGAAGAUGGAUAUUGUCAGGUAUCUUCUUGAUCAUGGUGCCAAUCCAAAUCACGUCGACAAAACAGGGUGUACUCCUCUCCAUGAGGCCACCAAAAUAGGGCACUGUGAAGUAGUAGAACUCUUGCUCUCUAGAGGCGCUUAUGUUGAUACAUUUUCUACUGAUCAUGGAACACCGUUGCAUGUUGCUGCUAAGCAUAAGCAGGACAGCGUCAUGAAGAUUUUGCUAGAUCACCAUGCAGAUUGCAACAAGAUUCUCGGCAGUUUCUGCUCACCUCUCAUGCUUGCUAUCCAUAGUCGCUCAGUGAAAUGUGUGAACCUACUGCUUGAGGCUGGUGCCGAUGUGAAGGGUAUGCGUACUUCGACCCCCUUGCAAAGUGCUGCAAUGGGUGGCCUAACUGACGUCUUGAAGCCCCUGUUGGAUGCUGGUGCAGAUCCUGAUGUCCGAGAUGAACUUGGUCUCUUACCAAUACAACUCGCGGCAUACUUUGGUACACGCAAAGAUGUCGAGAUCCUGUUUGAAGUUACUUCUUCUCGUAUUCCAGCUGUACAUGAUUGGAGCGUUGAUGGAAUAAUGAGUUAUACUGCAAAAUCAGAGCCAAAGUUGGAGGAUCACCCUUUGUCUAAAAUGCCAGUAGCUAAGUUGAAAGAAGAAGGCGACAAAGCUAUGCAUAAAGAGGAUUACAAUGCUGCAUUAGAAUUCUAUACCAUGGCUAUGGUUAUUGAUCCUGACAAUGCUGAUUCAACCUUGAUGGGCAAUAGGGGUUUUUGCCGGCUUCUACUGGGCAAUGGAGAGGGUGCUUUAAAUGAUGCCCUUUUUUGCAGGACAGUACGACCUGACUGUGCAGAUUCAUGCUGGCUGCUGGGCUACUCAUAUGUGCAACUAAAGGUGUAUGAAAAGGCAUGUGAUGCAUUUCUUGAUGGUCUCAAAUUGAAGCCAGGGUUUGUUGGAAUCGAGAAGGCGUUAAGGGAAGCUCUGAGAUUAUUGAAAGAAUCUCACGCUGACAAGAAGAACGGCUCGGAAGGACAAUAUCGUGAAGCACGUUUUUUUCCAUUGAAGAGAGCAAUUUGA